AAGCUGAAGAAUGGCCACACCUUUGCACAAGCAAGCAUCACCCGAAGUUGUCACCCCAUUCGGCCCUUUCUUGGAUAUCUCUUCUUGGAAUCCAGUCGUUCUAGGUGCUGUGCUAGGGUUGAUUGUACUGGUGCUCGUCAAAUCCCUCACGCGUGGUCAGUCCAAAGUUCCUCAAAGUCCAAAGAAACCGCAGUCUCCACAAAGCGUUACCUCGUCUGCUCCUGUCGGCAUGAUGACUACUGACUCAGGUCCAACACAACCACCCGGCGACAAAGAAUUCACGGCCGCAGAACUCGCGCGUUACGACGGCACUAACGCUGAGUUACCAGUUUACUUGGCCGUUAAGGGGACAGUGUUCGAUGUCACCAAGAAUCGUGACAUGUACAGUCCUGGAAAGGGAUAUCACGUAUUUGCUGGCAAAGAUGCAUCUCAAGCGCUUGGCAAAAGUUCUCUAAAACCUGAGGAGUGCGUCCCAGAUUAUUCUUCUCUGACUGCCGAAGAGAUGGAGACAUUAAACAAGUGGGAGGCGCACUACAAGAAGAAGUACAAUAUUGUUGGGAAGGUUGUUGACUGAUACUUUUGUUAUCAAUCAUGUUGCCGUUGUUUGCUGGAAUAUGGAAUCAUAAUAUCUGAUGUGAAAUAUAUAUACCAUACGUGUUGACAUUUUUAAAGA